CGUUUCGCCGCCGCAGUGAAGUUGACGUCGUACGUUUUUAACAUUUUCUUUUUCUUUUUUUACGCUUUUAUCAGUUCGUUCGUCGCACCCGUUUCGCGCACUCGUCUCCGUUGUUUGUUGUUUGUUUAGAUUUUUGGCAGUGUACUAAUUUCCUCUUUCACCGUUCGUUUUUUGCGGUUAAUUUUCAAUUUUUUUUGUGCAUUAACGACUGACGAGAUUAUAAUAUAUUUUUCAUUCAAUUAAAAUAUGUCAUGUUCUCCUCUUGUCGUCUGCUACCGCUGCCGUCGAUUGCAGUGACGGAUUCGGUAUCACCUUCGUAGUGCGUCUGUUCUCCGUUCGGAUAUCUUGUUUUACUCCCAAACCGGGUCGAAGUGAAAAGGAUAAAAAAAAACCCGUCCCUAAUAACGACGUGGAUUGGAGUCUGUGGCACCUGUUUGGUGGUUUGAUGUGGAAAAACAGCGAACGAUGAGUUGGGGAACGGAAUUAUGGGACCAGUACGAUAAUUUAUCGUUUCACACUCAGAAAGGCAUCGAUUUUCUUGAAAGAUAUGGACACUUCAUCCGCGACAGAUGCCUCAUUGAAAUGGAAUAUGCUGGCAAACUCAGGCGAUUGGUUAAAAAUUAUCAACCCAAAAAAAAGGAAGAAGAAGAAUAUCAGUACAGCACGUGUAAAGCGUUCAAGGCGAUGUUGUGCGAAGUAAACGAUUUGGCAGGUCAACACGAGGUGAUCGCUGAAAAUCUCCAAUCCGACGUUAUCAGGGAAAUCAAUUAUCUGGUGAAGGACAUCAAAGAAGAGAGAAAGAAGUUGCUCCAGGACAGCGCGAAAUAUGUGGCGAUGAUCAACAACCAGGUGGCGUCACUGGAGAGGUCGCGGAAAAAUUACGAAAAGGCGUUCAAAGAGGCAGAAAGGGCUUUGGACAACUUUCAGCGGGCCGACGCCGACUUAAAUUUGUCCCGAGCCGAAGUAGAGAAGCAGAGGAUGAACAUGGCCAUCAAAAACCAACACUGUGAGGAAUCGAAAAACGAGUAUGCCAACCAACUGCAAAAAACCAAUGAGCUUCAGAGCCAACAUUACAAAGCGCUGAUGCCGGAGGUGUUCAGGCAGCUGCAGGAACUCGACGAAAAACGCAUUCGAAACGUCAGGCAUUUCAUGGCCCAUUCGGCGGACGUGGAACGCAACGUUUUCCCGAUCAUAAACAAGUGUCUGGACGGCAUCAUAAACGCUGCCAAUCAAGUGAACGAGAAACAAGACACGAUUUUAGUGAUAGAACGGUACAAGUCUGGUUUCGAACCACCCGGAGAUUUCCCGUUCGACGAUUUGAGCCGCGGCGGCGAAUCCACGCCGCUCAUAUUGCCCGGUAGCGGCAACACUUACGUGUCAUCGGGCGUUGGCGCCCACAGGUCCGAAUCGAUGACCGUCAAGGGCACCAUGUCGGCCGGCAAGCUGAAAAAGCGUGUGGGCCUGUUUGCCAUAUUUAGCUCCAACAAGCUAAUGGACGUAUGCAGUUCUGUAAAGAAUAACCUUUCAUCUUCGGGUGACAAGGAUGACUACAGUGAAUUACCGCCAAAUCAACGUCGAAAAAAGAUCCUUCAAAAACUAGACGAAAUGCAAGCAAAAUUACAUCAAGAAAUAGCAGCCAAAGAUGGUUUAAUGAAAAUGAAAGGAGUAUACGAAUCUAACCCGGCCCUGGGUGACCCAAUGUCCACCGAAGGUCAACUGAACGAAUGUUCACAGCGUAUCGAUAAACUCAACUCUGAUAUAGCCAAGUACCAGGGACUUUUACAAGAAGUCGAAUGUAAUGUUAGUCCUGCAGGUACACGCAAACAUGAGUUGACAGAACAUAAUGGUAUCGGAAAUGGUAGCACUAACAACCUAUCCAAUCACAAUAAUAGGAUAAAUACGUCUUUAACGGAUGGACGAGCUCCUCUUGGAGAAGAUGAAUCUUUAAGCCGUUCAGCAUCUGAUUCCAGUGUUUCUAUACCUGCUGUUGGAUUAAACAAUCGAUACUCUGGUGAGACUGUAAGUCUGGGCGCAUCGCGCAACUCAUUGGCAAAUGAUGAAGAUCCUCCACCUUAUUAUGAUAUUCACGAUUUGCCACCACUAGGAACUUGUACCGCUCUCUAUGCAUUUGAAGCUACAAGCGAAGGGUCAAUACCAAUGUUUGACGGAGAGCAACUGUUAAUCAUCGAACAAGAUCAAGGAGACGGUUGGACACGUGUUAGAAGACAACCUCCCAAUGUCGAGGAAGGUUUUGUACCUACGUCAUACAUCUCCAUACACUCCAGCUGAACAGAGGCAUUUGUUUUAAAUGUUUACGACACCCUAUGACAUAAAAAUCAAUCGUGUAUAUACUAAACUAAAACACCCUAUCCAUAAAUAAUUUUAGACUUAAUUUUUUUUUUUAUGUAUAAGGUUGUGAAAAGUGCCAAUUUUUUAAUGAAAAUGAUAUUUUAAUCGGUCCGAGCUCAAGUUGUCAUGUAGGAUUUUUUUUAAGUUAGGAAUUUUGUUUUUAAUUAUUAUCAUUACUAUUAUUAUUGCUUUCAGAUAAUCAAAUUUCUUUAACCAAUGUGCAAUUGAAAUGGACCAGUGGCAAAUUAUUCAUCUCGCUUGACUUUUUAUUUUUCUACUUCCGCCACUGUGUCUUAUUGUUUCCCGUCGUUUAACCUGUUGAAAGCCAAAACGAGAAUGUAAUAAGUUUUCAACUUAUAAAGAGUUUCCGUCCACCUUUAUUUUGUUUUAUUAAUCAUAAGUUCUUUAGUUUCAAAUAUUCUUUUUUUUUACACUGUUUAUUUAUUGUUUUUUUUUACUCGAUUUUCUGCCUUUCAACCUGAAUAUUUAAAUAACAUAAGUAACAAUUUUGUCAAUUAAUGAUCCAUUUGUGUAUUUUUCUAAAACAGAUGUCUAAUAUUUUAACUUGAAAAAAAUAGGUUGUGUUUGUUCAAACUUAUUAUAAAUACCAGACGAGUGUUAAUUAUAUAUAUACCUAUAUAUUGUAAAAUGGUUAAAGAUUAAUUAUGUAUAUUUUUUUAAUAUAAGUUGUACUAAAAAAAUAAUAAUAAUAAUAAUAAUAAAACCAUUAAGUUAUUAUUGAAUGAAAUUAAGUAAAAUAGUAAUAUUUACGAAACAUAUGCGAACAAAAUUAACAAACAGACAACAAUUUUAUGAGCGGUUGUAAUUUUUUUUUGUUAUUAUAUUAAUAUUUAUAUAAUCCUAAUACUUAUAACCAGCGUUUUUCAUUUAAUCCCAAAUCUAUGCUUAUAGUGUAUCAGUAUAGUCUAUCACUGAUUUGUACAAUAUAUAUAUAUAUAUAUAAUAUAUUAAAACGCCUUAAAAACAUAUCACUAUUUAUUGUUUCAAUACAUUGAUUAUUAGACUUUACGCUACUAACCAUAUUAUGUAAAAAGAAAAUAAUUACUAAGAUUAUUAUUUGUUAUUUAUUAAACUGUUUAAAAAUUAAAAUGGAUACGUUUCCUUAUUAUUUUUUAAAGUGUGGUCAUUUUAAGCCAAUCUUAGGAUAGAAUCUUUAUCAUUUUAUCCAGAAAAUUAGACACUAAAUAUAUAAAAAAAAUGAUUAAAA